UUUACUUUGUAUUUAGUUCCAGAUGUAGCACAAGGUAAUCGAUUUAAACACGACCAGUAACUAAUCUGUAGAUCGGACAAUUUUGAUGACAAUCACAUGUGGCUUCUUGUUGCAGACGACAACUUAGAAAGAGCAAAUUAGAGUACAUAUUGUGUGUACAUAUCCACAAUGUUACAAAGAUCAGUUGUACACAACGUCCUCAAAAGCUUCCAUAGAUUGAUGGCUACUCGAAGUAUGUUGGUAGAAUCCACCAGUCACAUUCAAACGGCGAAACCUUUCAAGGAUAUCCCAGGUCCAAGAGGUGUCUACUUAUGGCCAGUCAUUGGUGCUUUCCUUCACUUUAAGCCCUUUACAAAAUUCACAACAGAAAGCAAUCAUACAUUGAUUGCUGAAUUGCUUACAAAGUACGGCCCGUUAAUCAAAGUCCGGUUUGGUCGUCUAAUGGUCAUUGUUUCUGACCCCAAGGAUAUCGAGACAGUGUAUAGAAACGAAGGAAAGUACCCGAUGACCGCAUCUUUUGAUAUUGAAGAGAUGAUUGUCCGUAGGACGUCCAGCCCUGUCAAAUCCAUAACUUUGGCCCAAGGAGAGGACUGGCACAAGCUGAGAGCACCAAUAAACAAACUCUUAAUGAAGGUUGACUCAGCGACACAUUAUCUCGAGCCUCACAACCAGGUGGCAAACAAAUUUGUAGACAUCCUGGCCACGCAAAAUCUAAAGCCACAGGAGCUCCAGACACUCUUUGCGAGAUACGCCGCUGAAGGAGCUGGUCUCGUUGUAUUUAAUACCAGACUCGGCUUCUUGGAAGGCCAGCUAAGUGAAGAGCUGUCUGACUUCCUAGACGCAGCGAAAACAUUAUUUUUCAUCCUUCAAGACGUGAUCCUGGGCAAGUCUGUGGGGCACCGAUGGUAUAAGAGUAAGACAUAUCAAGAUUAUGCCCGGGCAUUAGGCAUCAUUGGAGGAAGCUGUGCAGUGCACUCAUUGAAGGCUCACCAGGUACUGGAGGAGAGAAAGAGGGCCGGCACAUUGACAGACGAGGAGCCCAAUCUACUCCUUUCUUUACUAAAAGAAGAAAAUCUGCAGCGAGCAGACGUCGACACGAUGUUAAUUUCUCUGUACACUGCAGGAGCGGAGUCGACAGCUAAAAUUCUAGAGACUCUGUUCUACAACUUGGCGAAAAAUCCUGAAACACAAGAAAAAUUACGUCAAGAAAUUUUUAGAAAACUAAACACUCGAGAUCACGUGACAGCCACUGACCUCGCAAACAUGUCGUACUUAAAAGCUUGUCUUAAAGAAUCUUUCAGAUUAUGUCCACCAGUCUGUAACACUAUGGUCAGAUUACUUCCAAUCGACGUUUGCCUCAGUGGCUAUACUGUUCCAGCUCGGACUCCAAUUAUGAUUUACCCCAAUGCAAAGUGUAUUUCUGGUUUUCAAGAUUCACUGACCUAUAUGCCAGAACGAUGGCUACAAAAUAAUGGACUAGCGAAACACGACCCUCUUGCUAAGAUUGCUGUAUUACCCUUUGGUUUGGGCCCAAGAAACUGUGCUGGUCAGAGAAUUGCUGUUCAGGAAAUUUAUUUGGCUACAAUCAAGGUUCUCCAGAAGAUGAGAAUUGAGCUACACCCCGAGUCUUCCGACGUGGAAUUCGUUUACAGAAUAUUUCUACAGCCAAAAGUUCCAAUUCAUUUUAAGUUUACAUCAUUGCAGAAGUAUUGAAUUUAUAUAUGGCUGUUAAUUAAAAAGAAUAUUUUUAACUUUCAUUUUGAUAGCAAUAAUAGAAUAUUUAAGUCAUUAAUGACUCAUUAAGCAUAGUACAAACUUGCACUAAUUACAAUGUGCCUUUGUCAUUAGAUAGGCCACAAAGCAUUACUAAAAUACUGCCUUUGACAAACUAGAUGGCUUGUUAAUUGUUUUAUCGUAUAUUAUACAGACGUUACUUCAAAAAAGAAGAUGAUUACGUCCUACGCGUCAUGUAUCUAGUCAUGCAUCUUAACCAAUGACUUAAAUUCUGCCAAGUCACUGGUUUUCCUAGCUGGCUCAAACAUACCAUUCCAUGCUCUAAGAGCACUAGAAAAGAAGGAGCAUUUGUACACAUUUGUCCUAGCAUAUGGAACGAGUAAUGUGUAUUUAUCUUUGUGUCUUUCUGUGUUGUUAGACGCCCUAGUUUAUCUUAAUAUUUUUUCUCAACACGAGAUAGCCAUAAAAUUAAUGACAAUUUAGAUAGCCUUCUUUUGUAAUAUUGCCCAGCAGGGCCGGCCUGAGUUCAGCAUCCUUUUUUAAUUCUAUACCAACGAAAAUAUUUGCUGAUAACAAAGUUAUAGAUGUUUAAUCGUAACGGAGAAGUGAACUACGAAGGAGAAAAAUGAAUAAUUCCGUCGGGACAUAAAAAAUAGUUAUGAAGAGAAAGAGUUAGACCAUUUUCAUGAGAGUUAUACUUAACAGGAUUGUCUCAAAGAAUUCUCUUGCAGAAGAUAUUUCAAUGUCUCUGCCAACGCGAUUCUUUCUCACCUCAGAAAGAAUUUCACCCAACCGACGUAUCAUUUUUCUGAAGACGUUAAUUUCGUGACUAAAACCCCCGCUACCAGAUGAGAAUGUCUAUGACCAUGAAGCCCGUUAUAGAAGUACGUAGCUAGAGAACUCAAAUGUGGCACUUCACUAUUAGCCCAUCCUGUCACUUUAAAAAAAAUUUGAACUACAUUAUUUUAAAUUAAUGAGACUUUUUGUGUAGACACCAGGUUAAGCCGUUGGUGAAGCUCAUGUUGCAAAGAGAUAGCUAACUAACUACACUUCCUUAAAACUCUUAGCUGACAAAUAGAGAAUAUGGAUUAAAUACUUCUGUUUGCAAAUGUUGUCCUUGACGAAGUGAUGUAAAGUAUUAAUUCAUUUUAAAAAUUUAACCAACUAGACUAUAGUUUGAAAGCAGUCGCCAGGAUAACAAUUAGUCAGCUAAUUACACAGUUCCGGAACAUCAUGCACGAGUGUAAACAGUUAAUACUUCACAUUAAGUACAACUAAACAUUUGUGGUGUAAUGUUGUGAUGCGAAACAGACAAUAACAAAUUUUUUAAAAAAUAUAUUCGUAAAAU